GACAUUCAUGAAAAAGUGCUUGGAAGCUACAAGACAAUUGGCGGACAUGCGUAAGUCAUUUUCAUUAAGCCUAGUUCUCAUUCAUCGCAAACCGUCGGCGAUGGGAGCUUUGCGACGUCGGCGACCGCUUGCCAUUUAUGAGAACACAUCAAAAAUUAUAUCGCCGACUGUCCGUAAUCGUCGCCGACCAUCGGCGAUGACAUCGCAGGAAACAAAAAAGUUUGUUUCUUGCGACCAUCGCCGACUGCCACCUGCUUAAAAAAUCUAUGAGAAAUGAGUAAAAGUUGUUUUUUCCUCAACAAGCAAGGAAAUAAUCAACUGAAGUUUGACAGAAAUCAUGAACUUUACGUUGAAUGGGCCCAUUUUGUGGGAAAUUUGGGAAAUUUCGAAACACAUCGGCUGUCAUCUGCGACGAUCACCGAUGUAUGAGAACUUUCGUGCAUUCGCGCUCGGCGAGUAUCGGCGAUAAGCGUCGCCGAUCGUCGGUGACAGAUUGCGAUGAAUGAGAACUAGGCUUUAGCAUUUAAUACUCGUAACAUAAUAAAUUAUAACUUUAAUAGUUAAUUUCGUGUUUACAGGCCAGAAAUUACUGACGAAUCAACAAAUGGUUGCUUUGCUUGAGAAACUGAUUGCCUGUCUCUCAAAAUUGGUAUGACUAUAUACUACUAAUAUUUUUUUUAAUCCAUUAUAUAUAUACUUUAUCAUUUUCUUCUAUGGAAACGUUGUCAGGAUGCCAUAAUUCAAGACUUUUAGUCGUGCCUGACUGGUACGCCAAUGCUUAUAGCCAUACUUGCUCUAGUACAAACUCAAUAUUCAAUGUCUACUUAGUCUUUGAAAUAAAGUCAUUACUGUAGACAAGUAGAUAGAUAGAAAUUUUAUUUAUACACGCUGAUCUAGAUUUAAUUGCCCGUUUGCCUGACUCCAUUAUAAGAGACCUUACGAUUUUAGGACGGCAACGCGACGGCCAAAACAAACUCCUUCAAAUAAAUGGUAGUAAAGAUAAUUCGUCGUAUAUUAUCAAUUGUAUGAAUUUAAUACAGUCUUAGAAGUUGAAGACAUGGGUUUUGUGUUUGGGAAGAGUUCUACUAAACCCAGUUUGAAGUUGCACUUGUUGUGGCUUGGAAUGCAGUCGUUGUAUGAAGACGUGAAAAUCUGUGAUUUGGCGUCGUAAACAGACCGAGGAGAAUGUCUAAAUUAUUCAUAUAUUGUAAUUACUCAAUUCUUUUCAAUGAUCUAUUGUAUUCGUUGCCGUCGCGUUGCCGCCUAAAUCGUAAGGUCUCUAUGAUUACGACGACGUACGAAGGUGUAUACUUUUGCUUGUCUGCGCAUUAUGUUGCGUAGUUUUGGGAUGAUUAAUAAGUGGUAUUACAUUUGAAUUUCAUUUUAAUUAGUUGGCGUCAAGUGCGUUUGAUUUCAUGUGGACGAUGUGGAAUGGUUAUAUGGUGAACUAUAUGGAGUCAUCCAUUAUCACACCCUGACUUGUUCCCAGUCGUCUCUGUGAGCACACGCGAAACGUUUCUCCUUUCCCUUCCACCCCUGCGCGCGCUUUCCGAUUCGCGCGUGCUUACAGAGACGACUGGGAACGAGUCAGUAUCGCACCCUGGUUGCAAAACAUUUACUCUAUAUUCUACUCUUCUAUAGCUCCUAAGUACCCAAGAAUAUCAUCCGAUGUCCUGUAUUCCCCUGCUUCAAGAUAUGCUGCAGUUCUCUGCAUUUUAUGUAUUCACAAAACGUGGAACGGAUUUGGUCUUUGAAAAGUUUAUCAUCCAUUGUUGCAAUUUGAUGACAAAUAUUACAAAAUGUGAAAGCUACAGGCCGCCAAACACGACAACAGGUUAGAUUUCAGAAUUUUUGCCUUUUAACUCCUCGUGAUUUAUUUUUACAUUUUAAUAUUUUUAUUGCUUGAUAUUUUUAGACUCCAUUGAUCAAGCUAUCUUAAAAGCACAUCAAGUAAGAUUAACUAAUUUACUUAUAAUACCUUUAUUUAUACCAGAUGGUUCGAUCAUCUCUAAACUUUUCUCUCUAGAGGUCCACAAAGAGUCAUCCCUUAUUGCUCCCUUGACAUCACCAAAUGGAAGCGGAGUGUUUGGUAGAGUCAAAAUUCAGGGGAGCGGAUCUACUGUGGGGUGCAGGGGGUGCGCCCUCCUACCUAGUGGUGUCUAGGCAGUCAAGCAUCCCUCUAGAGAAGUCCAGCACCACAAAAAAAAAAAACUUGCUUGACCGUACAUUUUCUGCUUUUCGAAAAGCGAUCAGCGGAACUUCUACUGUUAGCGCGUGUCGAUUUCUUGGAGCGAUUUAAUUGAUUUGUGAGCUCACGAGAAAAUACUCGCAAUGCUUUUGUUAAAUAUCAUGGUUAAAUAUGUAAAUAUGUCCAGGUUGUUACACAGCCAUAUUUGUCAAAUAUACUGUACUUCGACAAGCAAAUUUACUGUACUGUGCUACAGCAACUGUCCAGUCACGCACACGUGAUAAAAAGCCGAUAUAAACUUUAUAAACAAAAGAUAAUGUAAUUAUGUAAAACGUAACAGAACGGCGAACAUGCAGAUUCAGCCAUCUCAAAUAACGGUAAUGUUGGGCUAGUAGCGUUGCAGACUGCAGAGGAGAGUGGGCAGUAAGGCUCCCUCAUGCACCACCCCAUGGAAAACCUGCACCCCUCCUUGCAGAUGAGGCUAGAUCUGUCUCUGAGUCAAAUUAUAGGCACUCUCCUUUCUGGGAUGAAAUUAUAAUCAGAUCACAUGAGACGAGGUAAAGGCCGACGUUCUAACCAACCUUGUGCUUCCUUUUAUUCUAGAUUCUGAAAUCGUUCUUUAGUCAAGCAGUUCUCGACGAAAUUAUAAAGACGUUAGUUUCCCAUUAUUUUCUACUGACUCGAGAGG